AUUUGAAUCACAUUAUACUUGUACUUGUACUCGACCGAGCUGGACGUGUACAGUUACAUUCUUAUAUCAGUCAUGGAUACAGUUAAUAAAUAUACAGCUAUUUACUGCACGUGAAUUACUGCACUGCUGAGCUACAGGCCUCCUCAUUGGACAGAAAAAGACAAAGGACCAUAACUUCAUACCGCAUCAUGGAACCCCAGCAUGAAUUAAAGGGUGCUAACAACGGCAGAUGCAGUCAGGACCAUUAGUUUAUCGUGCCCUUAAAAAUUCGAGACAAAACAUAGAGAAAACGAAGAACGCAAAAAGAGCAAUGUCAUCAGACACAGACAGACGUCAAGUUAUUUGGUGACAUCGAGAAAAUCAAUAUGAUAAAAAUGUAUAUAACGACUGCCUUAAUUAUUAUGUAGAUCACAGUGUUUAUUCUGUGAUCUACAUUUUACCAAAAGAUGGACGUUGACGCUUCAGGUACUGUCUUGUAUCGAAAUAUCAAAUGCUGUAACGGAGGAAAGGAUUCAUCAUUGGAAUGUAUCAAGAAAGCUUUUCAAUCACUUGGCUCGUCACCAGAAAACCACAGUCCUAAGACAUUAGAAGACGUAUUACACAUUAACGAAGCGAAACAAUCUUUUAGUUCUACUAAAUUAUUAACGUGUCCGGAACAUAAAAGAAGCGAUAGUUCUCCUAAAAACAAAUGUUAUCAAUACAAAGUAAUGCUUCAAAGAAUAAGAAGUUUGUUAGACGAAAUCAAAGCUAUAAGGAAAAAUGAAACGACCGGCAUAAUAUGUGAAUUCUGUAAGAGAUAUAAUAGCAUGGGUAAGUGUAAAAGAUGUGAAAUAUUAGCUAAUAGAAGUGGAUUAAAAGGAAAGGACAACGAUCCUCAACUGCAACGAUUUGUAAUUUGGCUAUCGAAGGUAAAGCAGUUUCUCUUCAGUAUCUUGGAGAGUGAAGCAACUCGUCAUAAAUUAUAUCAUCAAGAUUUAAGCGAGACAGAUGAACUAACUAAAUUAUUAAAUGAAUUGAAGUUGCCUCUUAAUGUGCGAGAACCUUACAUUAGGCACUUCUCAUCUACACACUUACUAGAGAAUUUGGCUGAAAGCAAUAAUAUACUCAAGGAGGUGGAAUUGAAAUUAAAAACCGAAAAGCAUCAUCAUGAAGCUGUUACUUCUAUGAGAGCGGUACCUUGUCCUAGCACAUGCAAGUAUUUUGUAGGUAAAAUAACUGAUUAUAACUUACAAAAAAAAGUAGAAAGUAAGCCUUUACCACAAGCUACAGCGAAAACGAAAAGUAAAUCUAAAGCACCAAAUGGUACUAAAAUGAAAGAUGAGUCGAAGGUUAAAGCAGAUUAUCACUUGGAAACAAAAGUGGAAAGGAUACACAAAAGUAGCGAAAAAGAUGACAAAUCGAAAAACGAUGCUGAAGAUAUGCUGAUGGCGUCUAUGUUAAAGUCACAACGAGAUAAAGACAAUACUCAAAAUAAGAAAGUACCUAAAAGUGAGAAACUACCAGCUAUUCCUGAGAUAGAAAAACUCCCAACUCCACAACGUAAAGCGUCUCUGAAGAUUGACUUAAAAGACUAUAUAGCUAUUUCUGAAAGUGUCAUAGAAUGUGACGUACGCAAUAUAGAACCAACAAAAAUGAUAAAAGGAAUAGAAGUCGUGCCCUUAGAGUCACGAUUAGAUCUCGAUACUGAAUCAAUAAAACCAAUGCUUUACAAAGUGAAACAAGAAUUUAUAAACAAAGAUAGCGAAAAGACUAGCGGAAGUAAUAUAACUUCAACGGGAACUACUACUAGUAAAUCAUCCAAACUUAAAAACAAAGUUGAUAUACCAGAUACAAAAUCUAGUAAGGGCAUUAUAAGUUAUCAGCUAUCAAACAGAGAAUUUAUAGAGAAAGGUUGGACGUUGCUGCCUACUACAAAGAUAAUGCGUAGGAUGAAUAUUUACAAAAUGGUGCCAUCAAGCCCUCAAUAUGAUUGGUUCAAGAACCAUCAGAACAAAGGAGUAAUUAUGUAUGAUACAGGUGAAAGGUUAGCUGAUAUUGAUGAUAAUGGUGACGGCAAAUGGUAUUACAAAAAUGGCAUGCUAGCACUGAAUUACUACAGUUUAAAAGAACCUAACUCGGGACAUAGAUAUAUUGUUUAUAGCUCUGGGGAAAAGGAUGAAUUUGGAAGAAAGUUCCCAGUUACAGUACUUGCUACUUUUGAUCACCUUGGCAAUGGCAUUGUUUACGACCACCACGGGAAUGUAAGGUUGAAGUAUAAUCAAUCUGAGGGUGUAAUAAUUGAUGCCAAAAUUGGAGCACCAGGAGUUUGGAAAUGGCACACACUAAACGAACCGCCAGUUUUACAGCGACAGUUUAUAGAUAAUUAUGAAAAAAGCGAUGCAUGUAUCGAGAAAUUACUCCGUAGAAAGGAUGCAGAUAAAAUGGAUUCUUUCAGCAAACACAAGAGGGAACCAGACCUAGACAUGAUCGCUAUUGAAUUGGAAAACAUAAUCAAGGAAAAAGCCAACAAGCUGCUGCAAGAGUUUAAGCCUUUUCAAAUAAAGACGAAAGCUCUUAAAAUUAAUGAACAGUUUUCGUUGAAAAUACUGGAUCAAUCGAAGAUAUAUCUUAUCUAUAGGGAUGGUCAGACUUAUAUGAAAUUGAAUCUUGGUAUGCUACUGUUGAGUAAUGAAAUUGUAGACACAGUUACUGCGGAGUUGUUUGAAGUAGCUACACCUUAUGACCACCAGCCCCCAAAAACACAGAGCAUAGCUGAUAUACAGAAUAUUUUAGAAAAAUCCAAAAAGUUCUGGAAAACCCCAUCUGGAAAUAACGAAAGGAAGACUUGACGAUUUCUCGUGUUAAUUGUUUUUUUUUUCGAUUUUACAUAAGUUUUCGUAGUUAAUUAGUUCGUUGUUACGAUUAUACUUUAAAUGAAUGUAAAGGUAUGUUUCUAAAAGCAUAAUUUAUUUUAGGUCAUAUUGUAUAAGUUUUUUUUACUAUUAGUUCUAUUUUAGGUGACAGGCGUUAAUUAAUUAUUUUUUGGCUUUUUAAUCAAAUGAGGCAAUGUCAGCACUAUGAUGCCUCUUACUAUCAAUAACCUUUCAGGAUCUUAAAAUUAUUUACUAGUUAAUUUAAAUAGAUAGUUUUGUAAUAAUAAUUGAAUUUAUAAUUGUCUUAUUUGUAGAUUAAAAACUGUGCUACUUA